AUGAGACCUGCUUCUCAGAAAUGGGGCUACAUUCGGAUCAUGACUGGUACGAUCCUCGGAGGCAUCCUCGGAUUCUACGUUAUGCACCGUCUUGAAUCUAACUACAAGGAGAGAAUGAAUGAGAGCCUGAGAAAUUACGAGGCUGAAUUGAGGAGGAAGAAGGACGAGAGGUUGAACGAGUUCGAUGAAUCCUCCAAGUUUUGA